AUGUCGCGCUCAACCGACCCAGGACAUUUCUUCCAGACUACAGCUUCCAUAGACGAGGGAACACGCAAGGCAGCAAAGUCGAAAAACAAGAAGGGAAACCCGAUCGAGCUUACGAGUAAGCUGCUGGCAAUUAUCCCAGAUCUAGAUGAUGAGGGCGCGGUGUAUGUGGCCGAGGCGGCGGGUGUGGUGAGGAGGGUUGUGCUUGAAAGCAAAACGACAACCCCCUUCACCGGCCCCAUGGCCCCCCUCACCUCCCUUUGCCUCUCCACUACCCGCUCCCCUCGCACCCUCUUCGCCGGCUGCUGGGAUAAGACAGUCUGGUCCUGGUCCACCGCCACCCGCGCGCCCGGUCGCCGCUUCACCGGCCAUACCGACUUCGUCAAAUGCGUCGUAUGUGUCUCGCUCGGAGGCCGCGAGCUCCUACUCAGCGGGGCCGCGGAUGCUACAAUCAUUGUCUGGGACGCUGAGACAGGGGAAGCAUUGCAGACGCUCAAGGGGCACGCAAGGGGAGUGUUGAGUCUGGCUGUUGAUCCGCUUAGUGUUGCUGAUCCCCUCGAUCGUCCAUCUAAGACGAAGAGUACGGAGCCGGAGAGCGUGACCGUCUUCAGUGCAGGCAGUGAUCGCGAGAUCAGACGGUGGGCUAUAACUGCUACCCCAUCUUCGGAUUCCACCUCGAAAUCAACCAUCUCAGCAACCAGCGAUGCCACCGACCCCCUUACACACCAUGAAACCUCUAUAAAUCAGCUCACUUUCUCGCCCUCGGGCGACCUCUUCACCGCCUCCUCCGAUAAAUCCGCUCAUAUUCUUUCUCGGGCACAGAAUUUCGGCCCCGACACCACUUUUCCACACCCGGACUUUGUGCGGGCUGUCGCGGUAGACGAAGGCAAGGGGUGGGUUGUGACAGCGUGCAGGGAUGAGGAGGUCAGGGUCUGGGAUGCAGGGAGUGGGAAGUGCGUGAUUGUGCUAGCGGGCCACUAUGAGGAGGUUACGGGGGUUGUGAUAUGGGGUGGUAAUGUGGUCAGUGUGGGGAUUGAUGGGACAGUGAGGAGUUGGGAACUAAGUCAAGGGGAGUUUGCGAGGAUUAGGAAGGAGGAGGAGGAAGAGAAGGCGGGUGUGGUGGAGGAGGAGGAAAAGGGGAAGAAAAGUCUCAUGACAGAGGAAGAAGAGGCCGAGUUGGCGGCAUUGAUGGAGGAGAGUGAUUAG